AUGGAUUUCGUACGUAAUUACAGCAACGAAACCAGGGAAAUUCAACCGUAUUUAAAGAACGGUCCUCUCAUAACAAGCAUCUAUAUUUGCGCCUAUGUGUUCAUAUUUCUUAUGUGUUUGAUUGGGAACUCAUUAGUAUGCCUGGUCGUGGCCCGGAACCCCCGUAUGCAUACAGUUACAAACUUCUUCAUCGUAAAUCUGGCAGUCGCUGAUAUACUAGUGGCAAUAUUCUGCAUGCCUAUUACACUUGUUGGGAAUAUAUUAGAAGGAUGGCCAUUUGGUGUGAUAAUGUGUAAACUGACGCCAGUUAUACAAGGUUUGUCGGUGGCUGCAUCCAUAUUCACACUCACUAUCAUUGCAAUAGACAGGCACAACAAUAUUGUAAACCCACUACGUCCACGCAUGGAAAUUUCCACAGCUUGUGUGCACGUGGUUGUCAUUUGGAUUCUCUCCAUCGCCAUAAUGGUGCCACAAGGAAUAGUAUUGGAUCUAAUAGUCUGGCCUUUGAGCUCCCAAACCUGGAUCUACGUAUGUACGGAAACAAAAUGGCCGAAUGUUGCUCACAGGAAAGCCUACACAGCUAUCUCAUUUGCAUUUGUCUAUCUCAUUCCAUUGUUAUUGAUAAGCGUGGCUUAUAUACGAAUUGUCAGAAAAGUAUGGCGACGACAUGCACCUGGUGUAACACAAGAGACACAGUCUGGAGCGCAUGCGUCUAUAUCCAAGCAGAAAAUCAAAGUUCUGAAAAUGAUUCUAGUUGUAGUUAUCCUUUUCGGAGUUUCCAUGUUGCCUAUUCAUAUUUGCAUGUUGCUGAUCGACUUCGGUAACAUGUCUAAUCGCAAGGUUCAGACCAUUGUGUUAUACGUCAUACCUUUCGCUCAUUGGUUGGCUUUCUUCAACAGCUGUGUUAACCCGAUUGUGUAUGGUUACUAUAAUAACAAUUUUCGACGCGGAUUUCGUUCUGCUAUGAAUCCGCGUAAAUUCUGCUCAUUUGGCUCAGUUCGAGAGCCUGGAUCAUUCGUUGGUGAAUCUGAACAUCUGAACCCGUGUCGUCAUCGUCGCAGUACACGGUCGACUAGAGUACGUGCAAAUUCACAUCCAAUUGAAAACAAUUCCUCUUAA